GAGCGUUUGAUUUACUAAGUGAGACUAACAAAACAAGUAGCUCGGCCAGAUACAUACAAAUAAAUCUCCGCCGAAGCCAAGGGAUAACAUUCACAUCAUCCAACAGUUCAAGCGCGUUGUGGCAGCUUUUUUGUUUGUUCAAAAAAUGUAGAUCUAUUCAAUGAAGUUUAUCACGUUGAUGUACUGAUUUAGACUUGUGUGCUCGGUUUCGUAAAUUGAUACGUUGUACGGGAUUUCUUCUUGAACUAGUAAACAGCUCCAAGUUCAGCAAUUAAACUUUAACCUUUAGAAUGAGAUAACCUUUGUCGCCCAAGUCUCAAUUCUCGACCAGCAUUGGUUUUAACAGCUGAAAUUUGCUUUUCAAUGGUGCUUUCACUGUCUGGAGAGAUAUUACUAACUUCUAGAGGAAACCUUCCUUCAUCCAAUGUGAUCAAUCAAAACUUUUAGAGGAGACCUUGCUUCAUCCAAUGUGAUCAAUCAAAACUUUUAGAGGAAACCUUGCUUCAUCCAAUGUGAUCAAUCAAAGCAGACGUGGCGCACUAUGACUUCCACAAAAUGGCCAUGUUUCCACCCACAUUAUCACGUGAUUCGGUGAUACUUCAAAGGCUCUCCACCAGCUGAGUGCGCAUGUGCAAGAGUUCGCAAGUUUCCAUUUAUUUGUAAAAAAAAACAAAAACUCCAUAAAGUAGGAUACUUGCAAAGAGCUGAUUGCCUCUUUCUUGAAAGAAGGGGUUCGAACAAUGCCAGGUAAUCUCCUGGCCAAGUAUUUACCAUCACAGAGACAGCAGGACACGUUCGUCAUGAACGGAGGUGUCCAUCAUGUCGCAGCCCACAAAAUGGCGCCAUCUCACAAGGGCUCCACAGCCACCAACAUUACCACCGCAUCAAGCCUUGAUGACCCGGAGACCCCGUCAGACCCUGCUCAGGUCAAGUUUUUCCCGAAGUCCGAGAGCAGGAGGUCAGCGAGAAACUGGUUCAAGAGGUGGACAAGGACCGAGAAAUGUCUUCUUCUGUUGUGCAGUUGUCUGUUCUUACUUUGUAUAGUUGUUGUUAUUGUUGCCUUCACCCGAGACCUUCACUAUCGGGAUCAAAUCACACUGGCUACCUCCAACAAACUGUGUACGACCAAGUCCUGCGUAUCAACAGCGGCCCAAAUAAUGGCUGGCAUGGACUUUACCGCCGACCCUUGCAACGACUUCUUCCAGUACGCCUGCGGUCAGUGGAACAGGAAGCACGUCAUCCCUGAAGAGAAGGCGACCUACAAUCAAUUUGAUAAAUUACAUGAUGAGAAUCAAAUCAUUAUGCGAGCUCUCCUUGAAGAACCAAUCAAAAAGGAAGAAGGUGAAGCCGUCAUGAAAGCCAAACUGCUGUACAAAUCGUGUGUUAACACAUCUCAAAUCGAAUCAAAGGGUAAAGAUCCACUGUUGGAGGUCAUUCAGGAUGUAGGAGGGUGGCCCCUACUGGACCCUAACUGGCCAGCAGAGAAGUUUGAGCUAGAACACGUGCUAGGCAAGAUCAGGGCCAACUACAAUGGUGCUACCAACAGUUACCUGUUCAGCUGUUUUGUUGGUGCAGACGACAAGAACUCGAGCGUACAUAUCUUACAGCUAGACCAGGCUUCUCUUGGUAUGCCCAGCAGAGAAUAUUACUAUUUAAAAGAACAUGUUCAUCAGAAGGCAGCUUAUGCACGACUUAUCGCUGACAUUGCUGAGAUCCUGGGCGCCGAAGGACCAGAUGUGCAAAAACAGAUAGAUGACGUCAUACAUUUAGAGACGUUGAUAGCCAACGCAACAAGUCCAUCAGAACAGAGACACGACACUGGUGCCUUGUAUCACAAGAUGACAGUCAGAGAACUGCAAGCAAUGAUACCCAAGUUUAACGUCUUGAAAUAUUUACGUGAGUUUGUACUCGAUGAAAUCACAGAAGAUGAGCCUAUCGUUUUGUUCGCCACACAGUAUGUCAAGGAUGUGGUCAAAAUUAUCUAUGAGGCAGAUAAUAGAACUGUCGCAAACUACAUAGUUUGGCGUCUAAUUAGAGACUUAAUACCAGAAUUUUCAGAUCCGUUCGUGGAUGCCCAAAGCCAGUUUAAGUUGGCAAUACAGGGAGUCAACAAGAAUGAGAUCCGGUGGAUCAAAUGUGUAGAGUAUGUCAACUUCAGAAUGGGGAUGGCUGUGGGAGCCAUGUUUAUAAAAGACAACUUCAAGAAAGAAAGUAAAGACACGGCGUUGGCCAUGAUCCACGACAUCCGAGAAGCCUUCAAUGAACUCUUGGAAGAGAAUGAAUGGAUGGACGAAAAGACACGACAGUUCGCCAAGGAAAAGGCCAACGCUAUGGUGGAGCGAAUCGGUUAUCCUGAUUUUAUUACUGACCCAGUACAGCUGGAUGCCAAGUUUGAUACGUUAGUUCUCAGUGAUGAUUUUCUGGAUAAUAAUCUCAAGAUUUUGGCGUUUCAAUCUAGGAAAAUAUUCAGCAAAUUACGACAGCCAGUAGAUAGAGAAAACUGGGAACAAGAGCCUGUCAUUGUCAAUGCUUUUUACAAUCCUAAUGCUAACGACAUAGUUUUCCCAGCCGGCAUCUUGCAACCAUCAUUUUACAGCUCAACUUUUCCAAAGUCUCUAAAUUACGGAGGAAUUGGUGUUGUCAUUGGUCAUGAGAUUACACAUGGAUUCGAUGAUAAAGGGCGGCAAUAUGACAAGGAAGGGAACAUCAAACAAUGGUGGGAUGAGAAGACCAUAGAGGCUUUUAGGCAGAGAGCCCAGUGUGUCAUUGACCAGUACUCUAACUAUAAGCUGGAGCAGGUCAAUGAAUAUAUGAAUGGACGUAUCACACAAGGGGAGAAUAUCGCUGAUAAUGGUGGUUUAAAACAGUCAUACAGAGCCUACAUGAAAUGGAUUGAGAAGAACGGCGAGGAGCCAGCAUUACCUGGAAUAGGUCUCAACCACCAUCAGCUCUUCUUCUUGAACUACGCUCAGAUCUGGUGUGGUAAGAUGAGAGACGAGGAAGCCCUCAGGAAGAUUCGAAUCUCGGCUCACAGUUUGGGCCCCAUUCGAGUGUACGGCCCAUUAUCUAAUUCUAAAGAGUUUGCAAAAGCCUUCAACUGUACUUUAGGCUCCAAAAUGAACCCUGUGAAAAAAUGUUCCGUUUGGUGAUUGGUUGGAAUAUAUUUAAACAUGUACACUUUGUUAUUGCCAUUGUGAUUGGUUGACCUACUUUUUUUUUAAACGUGUACGUUUUUUAAAAAAAAUUAUCUCUGUUACUGGUUAAAAUAUUUUAUUUUUUUUUUAGAAAAAGGUCUAAACUUUAAUAUUCUUACUGUGAUUGGUUGAAAGUUGUGAUCGAUAUCAGAAUUAUAAUAUUCAUUUUUACCAUUUCUUUUUCUCCAUAAGUGCUCGAAUCGACAAUGACAAGUGACAUAAAUGUUUUUAUAUCUUUGUUUUAUUUGUGAACCCUAAUUUACAAAGCUAGAAACUCUUAGGGAAAAAAAGGACAUAUUUUGAUUACUCAUUCUAUAGUUCCUUAUUUUUAAAUCAAAAUAUAAGCAAUAUGUGUAGACAAAAAUAAACUCACGUUUUUUUAGUUCAUUAUAUGUGCAUGGGUGUAUCAAACAGAAGUGGGCGUUAUAUAUCUUUAUUGAACUAAUUAAUUGUAGACUAUUUUUUCGCUGAUAGAACAUUUUGUCCACAGAUUUAUGCUUAAAUAAUUGUAGUUUAAGCAGUUAAAAAAAGGGUUUUUAUAAAUUUUUUUAUGUGAUAUCUAAACAUUUAAUGUUUAAAAAAUCUAAUAAUGAACAAGAAUUUCAAAAGGCUCGCAUAAAAAAAAAUUUGCGUUAAAUUUCAAAUUCUCAUUUUUUUCAAUUCAAAAUUUAUUGAAUUUGAGUUCCAAAUUAUAAAACUAAAUGUCUUUCAUGUGAUAAAAAUUUCCCCUUUCAUAUCUGGCGAUCUAUAGGGCAGAUGAUGUAAAGGUCAUCUGUUUCUGAGGCCCACGUUUAGUAAGGAUGUCUUGUGGCCAGCCUAACGACCAACCGCCUUUACUUGUCCCACACUAUUGUCAGGUACUCAAUAGAGCAAGUGGAGUAAGAGGCGCCCUUAAGAUCCUGAAAUUCAAAAUCCCUGUCUUCACCGAGAUUCGAACCCAAGCACUUUAUCACUCAGCUACUGAUAGUUAUGACUUAAAGUACACACCAUUAAAAAAAUUAAAUAAUCUAGAAAUUUUACACACACAAACUACAUACACACACACACAUCACAAGUGGUGCUUAAUUGUGCUAUAGUGUUGGUUUUUAAAGAUGUCUAGCCAUGCCCAAGGCUCCUCACACGAAAUCUGUACUGUCAUUGAAGUAUUUUGGUUGUUAGAAGAUAGGUAGAGGUAAAGGACUGAGUUGUCGACUGGAAACGAUCAAAAAGAUGUAGACCACUUUAAAUUGUUUCUAUAUUUCUCCACUGUGUAGAUGUACUCUUCGCGCUAGGCUGGUAAAAGGGUGGGGACUUUCAGAUGUCCAGUUAUAUAAAAAUAUUUUAAAAAACUAUUCUUAAGUUUAUCUAGUAUUGGAUCUAUAAUUGGUAUCUACCUCGUGUACUAAUGAAGUACACAAAUCUAAAUCUGCGUUCCUUUUAGGGUUAGAGUAUGUGGGUUGACGCGGGGAUGUGGCGAUCACCUCACUGCUUCAUCCCUUGGAUCCGCCGGUGCUGUCCACUCAGAAUACACGUUCACCAAACGUACCCUCGCCUAAUUGCUUAACCAGGGCCUGAUGUAAAGCAUCCUUUACACAAUCAUAGCGACCUACUAGGCCUGAUAAUCAUACUUUUAUAGGUUCCUUAUUCGCUAACUCCGUAUUUCUUUCUUUCUGCUACUUAUUGCUCAACUUUCCCGUCUCACUACGUACUAGUAACAAUGCCCUUCCUAACAGUGAACUCCGAGGAUAGAAACGUAUAACUAUAUCCUCGGAUUGAACUCAAGGUUCAGACUUGACGCAGAAGUUUUACAUCUUCCAAGAGAACACAAAUAAUGACAAUCAAACAUUUGAUUUAAAAAUAUAUAUAUAUCAACGACAAUGUAUUGAUGUGUGCGUUUCUCUUCCCACUUACAUUUUUAUAUUUUGUAUUUUCUAAAGACAUUGUAUUGUAGUCACGUUGGGGGAUCACAUGAUGUGUAUUGCUCCAAUCAAAUGUUUGUUUUGUGUGCGUGUUGAAGACUAACGGUUUCUAGAUAUUCGAUUUUCCCCUCUCCCCCCUUUUUUUUUCAAUGUUUCAUUUUUAAUUGCUAAUAAUUUCAUAAAUAUGUGUACCGUGCACUGCUAUAUGUAAAUUUGUCUUUUUUUUCAACCCUGUCAAUAUUUGUCAGUAAUCAUGGACUUUCUGUGUUCUCAGUCAUUAAUACAUUGUAAUAAUUGAAUACCUGUAACCUAGACUGUUCACCUUAGGACGGCCAUAAUUUAGUAGUCCUACAUGGGAAAUAAUCAAAUAUUCUUAAUCUGCAAGAAAUUUGGCUGAUUUACGCCAGCAUAAAAAUUUCUAGAAUGUGAAACAUACUUAUAACAUGUCAUUUCAAUUUAGUUGUCUUUACAGAAAUUACAACUCUGGUAUAUGGACAUGAUAAUACAGAUGGAUCCAAUUCUAGUAUGCUGUAGAAAGUUAUUCAGUGUAACAACGUGAUGCUAAAUUAUGAUAGUCUUUUCAUAAUAAUAUAAAUAUAGUCUCAUUCGAAUAAAUUUUGAGCAUUUCUUUCUUGAUAGAUAAUGAAAAGAAAUUUUCUUGUACUUUCGUAUGUAAAAAAAAAAUAUAUUAAUAUCUACAAACUAUCAACAUGUUAAAAAAUGCUUUAGACUAUUUAUAAUGUAUACAGACACUCAAAACAUGUAUGUGCAGGUUCAUUAUCUAUGUACAUUGUCGUAUAGAUCAUUUACAUGUUCGGUUUUUAAAUAUAGUAUGUGUCUAACAUAUAUUCAAAACGUUCAAUCUUCAGUUCUCAUUACAAGAAAAAUGUAUUUGUGUCCUCUUCAGUCAAGCUGUUUACAAGCUGUCUUCACUGAAGUUUCUGUUGGUUAGGUUUUGUUGUUGUAUUGGAGUAGCAAGACUUCAGCCGUUUGUCUAGGUUUCUACACGUCAUGAAUAUAAUUAAAGCUUUUUUUUUUAAAAUCAUCCAAUUAAAACUGUUAUUUAAUUAUCACGUGAUUCUAUUUUUCUAUGUUUAUAUUUGUUCGGUUGUGUACUUGUAUGUUUGAUUCUUAAUGAAUUGAAUAAACAUGCACAUCCCAUC